UGCCGUCGUAACUUCGAACAGUCAUUACACGAGCUGUUGUAAACCGAGGACUAACUGUAGUUGGAAUGAGAGUGGGAAGUGUCCUUUCAGACCCUGGUUGGUUUCUUCCAACAGCCUGGGCACCACCAAGAAGGGUAUCGGACCUGCCUACGCCUCCAAAGCUUCACGCACCGGCCUGCGCAUUUGUGACCUGUUGGCAGAUUUCAACGAGUUCUCCAAAAAAUUCAAGGUUUUGGCCCAGCAGUACAAAACCAGCUACCCAACGCUUAAUAUUGACACGGAAGCCGAACUGGAACAACUAAAGAUCUACGCCGAGAAGAUCCGCCCCCUGGUGAAGGACGGGGUUUAUUUCAUGUAUCAAGCUUUGCACGGGCCAUCCAAAAAGAUUCUCGUGGAGGGAGCCAACGCGGCUCUCCUGGACAUCGAUUUUGGUACUUACCCCUUCGUGACCUCCUCAAAUUGCACCGUGGGAGGGGUUUGCACCGGCCUUGGCAUCCCGCCCCAUUACAUCGGCAAAGUGUACGGCGUGGUGAAGGCGU